AUGAAUAAAGUUAGAAAUAGACAAAGCAAAGCUGUUUGGAAGAAUCAAGAUGCAAGAAGUAAUAACCCAUAUGCUGUCAACAACAACUUAGCACGUACAGAAACCAACAGGAGUUAUCUUGCAGUGCCUGGGCAAGAUGGUGCUAAUCCUGCGAGAGCAACUGGAGCCAGCUCCAACCUGUUACAAGUCCCCAAUCCGUAUGGCGAUAUGCACAAUGUGAAUGGAAACCAGAAACAAAAUAGGAGAUACAGCAUUCAUUAUGCUGCACAUCAACAUCGUCGGUCAUUCUCACAAUCAGGCGGUGCACCAGGGUUCAGUUCGUCAGGGGCCCCGCCGUUACCAGGAUUACCGGCUGCACCUAAUGUCGUACGCGGUGAAGAAAAACCAACUACCAUUGAGCAGAAAAUCUUUAAGGAAUUGGGACAUGGAUCAGCUGCCGAAGUUGAUGAUUAUUAUAAGACAUUGAAGAAACAAAACCAAGUGAUCACAAGGGACAUUAAGGAGAAUAUCAACCAGAAUCAAAAGAACAUCUUAGAAUUGACUAAAGAUCUAAAAGACACGCAAGAGGAAUUGGUGAACAUGAGAAUAACCGCUAAGGACUUGUUUGAAGUCCUUGAUGAUUUCAGAGAAGCUGCGGAACGUCGACUAAAACUAGAGUUUGAUGCGCCUCAGCAACAGCAGCACCAGCCACAUCUGCCUACGAAACAGCUGCAAUUGCGUCCAUCAAACAAUCAAAAGGAUAGAUCAUCCAUACUCGUACUUGAGAAAAUGUGGGCCAAGGAAAUUCAAUCUUUGUUUAAACAUGUUGAUGGAGCAUCUAAAUUUAUUCAGCCAAUUCCUGGUAGACAUGUUUUGGCGGAAAGUGGAAGAUGGCAUGAGGUCAAUGUAGGUACGUGGAAACCAAGUAAUGCAGGACAUUUAUUCAUUUUGAAUGAUUUGAUCUUGAUUGCCACGAGGAAACCAUUGGGUGGUGGUCAUUCGGGAGAUAAAUCCAGUGAAGGAAAAGGAAGUAAGUUACAAGCUAUACAAUGUUUACCUUUGAUUCAAGUAUCAUUAAGUCAAGUCAAGCCACCAAAAAGUGAUAAUUCCCUAUACUUUAUCAACAUCAAGACCAAAUCACUUAGUUAUGUUUAUUCAACGGAUAGGUAUGACCAUUUAGUCAAGAUUGUUGAUGCAUUCAACAAGGGUAAGAAUGAAAGGGUUCAUGCAAAACGAUUAGAGAAUGGAGCUAAAGACGUAGACAAUAAUGGUAGUGAAUCAAAAGAGGAGAAACGUCAAUUACGUGAAUCAUUGAGACAUUCAGGGUCGUACAACGAUGGACAAGGUGUUGUUGAUGAUCAAGGCAAACGUAUCAGUGGACCUAACGGAAUUGCUAGUCCUACUCGUACGUCCAACUCGCACAAGAGGUCAUCUUCUGAUUUUGUGUUAGAUGAUAUCAGCGCUAGGGUUCAUUCAAGGAAUAGGUCUCAAGAUAUGGGUCAAACUAUGAAAAUGGCUAGUAACACAGGCAAAUCGCUGAUAUUCAUCGAAAUCAAACGUGUUGAGGACAAAUUGGAUGACGUUGAUGUAUACAUAUCUCAAAAUGAGUACGUCAAAGCUGUUGAGUCAUUGGAUGAAAUUGAAGCUAAAAUUCGUGGCAUUGACAACAAAAUCAACAAACAAAAGAACCAAUCUGGCAGCGAUGUAGCUGAUGAAGCUUUGCUACUUGAUGUAUUGAAAUUGAAAAUUACCAACCGGAAACAAGACUUGAUCAAAAACUUGUUAUUCGAUUUACUGAAUAAUAUAUCACGAUUAUCAUCAACUGCAGUGGGGGAUAUACUUCACUUGUUUGAUAAUUUGAAUAAACUACAAACUGGAAUCCAAGCAUACUUAAACUCAACAUCAUUAUACCUUUCAAAUAUGGUUUCUAAAUUGAUUGUUGGGCUACAAGGAAGUACUAAAAUUGAUGUUGUCAAUUACUUGUCUAAUUUGGUCGUGGUUAAUGUCGCCAUUGUGAAAAGGACAGUUGAGACAUACAAUACAGAAAUUAAAGCCAUUAUUGAACAAAGUCCCAAUAGUAGCAAUGUUGAUUCUUCAGGGUUGGUUGAUUGGUGUGCUGAAGAGUUUGCCAAAUUGUUUAAACAAAUCAAGAAGCAUUUAUAUGGAACAUUGUUGAUUGUAGAUGGACACAGUGAAGAGGAUGAAUUUGGUUUCACUCAUACUCAGUAUCGAAUCAAAGAUGAGAAUUUGUACGGGCAAUUUGCUGAAGUUUUGGAAAACCAGUUGGGUGAAUUGAAAACUGUUGGAGUCAAUGUCGAUUUCAUUUUUGACUCCAUUUUGAACAUUAGACAAACAACCCCGUUAUAA